AGGUCUUCACCUUGUAUCAUGAUGCUCUCUGCCACUAUCCCCAAUGGAACUGCUUUCCACCCUUCCACAUUUGUUUUGCUUGGAAUCCCUGGGAUGCAGGAUCAGCAUGUUUGGAUUGCUAUUCCCUUCUGCUCCAUGUACAUCCUUGCUCUGGUUGGAAAUGGCACCAUUCUCUAUAUCAUUAUAACAGACAGGGCUCUCCAUGAGCCAAUGUACCUCUUCUUGUGCCUGCUUUCUAUUACUGAUCUGGUCCUCUGUUCAACAACAUUGCCUAAAAUGCUGGCAAUCUUCUGGCUCCGAUCUCAUGUCAUUUCCUACCAUGGCUGCCUCACCCAGAUGUUUUUUGUUCACGCAGUCUUUGCCACAGAGUCAGCUGUUCUGCUGGCCAUGGCUUUUGAUCGGUAUGUGGCUAUCUGCAGACCGCUCCACUAUACAUCCAUUCUCAGUGCUGUUGUGAUUGGGAAAAUGGGUCUGGCGUGUGUGACACGUGGUCUUUUCUUUGUCUUCCCCUUUGUCAUUCUCAUUGAACGUUUACCCUUUUGUGGACAUCAUAUCAUCCCUCAUACUUACUGUGAGCACAUGGGCAUAGCCAAACUGGCCUGUGCCAGCAUCAAGCCUAACACCAUCUAUGGUCUUACUGUAGCACUUUCAGUCACUGGCAUGGAUGUGGUCCUCAUUGCUACCUCCUACAUCCUGAUUCUGCAGGCCGUGCUGCGACUGCCCUCAAAGGAUGCCCAGUUCCGAGCAUUCAGCACAUGUGGAGCCCACAUUUGUGUAAUUCUUGUCUUCUAUAUCCCUGCAUUCUUUUCAUUUUUCACUCACAGAUUUGGCCACCAUGUGCCUCCUCAGGUACACAUCAUACUUGCAAAUCUUUAUCUCCUUGUGCCUCCUGUUCUCAACCCUCUAGUCUAUGGCAUCAAUACUAAACAAAUCCGCCUAAGAAUACUUGACGUUUUUGUAAAGAGAAGGUGACAAUAAUCUCCACAUAGACAAAAAGCUAAUGAAUUCCUAGCUUUACUUUGCUGCUUCUGCUA